GGCGGCCGCGAAGGCAGCACCGGGAUCAAGCUGGAGGAGCGUAAAAAGUGAGCGCGCGCAGGAGCCGCGAGGACAGCAAGUUUGCGCAGAUAAUGGGACCGCGGUACGCGAGCGACGCAGCCCGCAGCCGUGUUUACUGAGCGCUCCCAGGCUGCCCGCCGAUCUCCAGCCGGACUCAGCCCGGACCCCGACGUCCCUACGCGUCAGUUAAACGGAGUUGUGCUCCGAGUCGGAUGGGAGUGAGUGAGACAGGUCAGCGUUAAAGACAGGCAGGCAGACAGGCAGGUCGGCUGCGCGGCUUCCGCUGGGGACAUUUUCAGCUCCGUUCAGUUCAAUGUCCACAGCAAACUGCGCGGAGGAGCUGGACUUCAGACUCAUCUUCGAGGACGACGGCAGGCAGGCAGCAGGUCCAGAUCUCAAUGUGAGGACGUUUCCCUCCCCCACACAGGCUCUGGUUGAGCAGCCCUUCAUCCAGGAGCUGCAGAGUUCUCCCUCAUGUUUCCCCACCUCAGAUCCACAUGUUGGAUACCAAUCUCAGGGGCUCCAGUACAGCGCCCAGGUGAACCCCAGAGCCUUUGACUGCCCCAGCAUCCAGAUUACCUCCAUUGCCCCAAACAACCAUGUUGAGCCCGACAGUAGCCAAGAGGUUUUGGCAGUGGGUGGGGCAGAGGGAGGUUACAGUGAUGCAUCCUGGUCCAGAGACCAGCUCUACCUCUCUCUGGAUCCCCGGUACCGGGAUCCGGCUCUGUGCCCGAGCCCCUGCAGUAGCCUCUCCUCCAGGAGCUGGAUGUCGGACCUCUCCUCCUGCGAGUCUUUCUCACAUAUCUACGAAGACGUGGAGGGGGAUCUGCCUGAUGCCGCCCGCCUCGCUCUGGGUUCCCCCCUCGGGUCACCUCUGGGUUCUCCAGGCUGCGGGGGCGGAGCCUUUGGGGUGGAGCUUUGGCAGCAGAAAUACCAACAUCCUUUGGCCUUCAGCCCGGCGCUGUCGCCCCAUCAGUCGCCCCGUCAGUCGCCCUGCCACUCCCCUCGCGCCAGUGUGACAGAGGAGAGCUGGCUCAACCGCCGGCCCACUUCCAGGCCGUCAUCCAGGCCAGCCUCUCCCUGUGGGAAGAGACGCCACUCCAGCGCCGACCCUCACGCCCGCUCUCCUUCCCCUCAAUACUCACCCAGCCCCACCCCAGGCGCCUCCCCUCGGGGCAGUGUGACGGAUGAAACCUGGGUGGGAAGCCUUGCUGGUGCCCUCGGACCCCCCCUGAUGUGUGGAUUCCAGGAGCUGGACGUGCCCUCCAAGACCAGGAGGACGUCUGGAAGCCAGCUGGGGGUCCUGGCUGGUCAAGUGGAUGCUGAUCUGGAGUCCUUCCAGGAUCCUCCUGCAGAAGAGGGGCGAGAAAAAGGCCUGGCUGAGCUGUUCCUUCAGGUGCCCUCCCACUUCACCUGGAACAAACCCAAACCUGGAAACCCUCCUCUGUUCAGGACCUUGUCGCCCCCUCCAAUGGACUGGCCUCUACCCAGCCAGUAUGACCAGUGUGAGCUGAAGCUGGAGGUCCAGCCCAAAUCCUACCACAGGGCACAUUAUGAGACUGAGGGCAGCAGGGGAUCCAUCAAGGCAGCUGCUGGAGGACAUCCUAUUGUUAAGCUGCACGGAUACAGCGAGCAGCCGGUCAGCCUGCUGCUGUUCAUCGGCACCGCGGAUGACCGAUAUCUUCGUCCUCACCCCUUCUACCAGGUCCACCGGGUGACCGGGAAGACGGUCACCACCAUGUGCCAGGAGAAAAUCAUGGCUUCCACCAAAGUCCUGGAGAUCCCUCUGCUUCCAGAGAACAACAUGUCUGCCAGCAUCGACUGCGCUGGCAUCCUGAAGCUGCGUAACGCUGACAUCGAGCUGAAGAAAGGAGAGACGGAUAUCGGGCGGAAGAACACGAGGGUGCGGGUCGUGUUCAGGGUCGCCGUCCCUCAGCCGGACCGCCAGAUUCUGUGGCUGCAGACGGCGUCGAUCCCCGUGGAGUGUUCCCAGCGCUCAGGUCAGGAGCUCCCUCAGGUAGAUGGUUUCAGUCCGGCCAGCAGCUCUGUGGAGGGAGGAGAGGAGCUGCUCAUCACCGGAUCCAACGUCUCUGCUCAGUCCAGGGUUGUUUUCAUGGAGAAAGGGCCUGAUGGAAGAUCGCUGUGGGAAACAGAUGCCAGAGUUGUGUGUGAAAAAUGCAGCGGAUCCAGCAUCGUGGUGGAGGUUCCUGCGUACAAUAAGAAGACGACGUCUCCGGUCCAGGUCCAGUUCUACGUCUCAAAUGGGAAAAGAAGAAAAAGUGUGAUGCAGAGCUUCACCUACCUGCCUGGGGUCAGACACCACCUUCCUCCUGCUGCUGCUUCUGCAGUCAAACAGGAGCGCUGGGAGCCAGAUCACAUCUCCCAGAAUCCUCCCGGCUUCUGCCCGACGCCCUCGCACGACGGAGCGCUCGGUCCAGACGUGGCUUAUUAUGGUUCCUGUGACCUCCUGGUGCAGUGUGGUUCCCAAAGCACCCCCCAUUUUCACCAUCCUCCCUCCUCUGCUCCCCUUCAGACCCCAUUAAUGCAUCCUCAGGCCUCCUCUGUCCCACUUCAUGCCUCCUCGCCUUCGCAGACCACCUUGAUUCCCCUUCAGACCUCCGUCAUGGCUCCUCAGAUCAGCACGAUUCCUCCUCUGGCCUCUUCUGUCCCACUUCAGACCUUCACCAUCCCUCCCCACACCUCCUCCAGUGGAUCUCAGAGGGAACUGUCUCUGAGUCCCAGGAGUACCUUUGUGACCCCCGCCGACCCCCAGAAGGAGUCUGUGGUACCCGGGCUGCGGGAGGUGCUGGCCAUCAAGCAGGAGCCAGAGGAGCAGCCGACCCUGGGAUCUUUAGGCCUCCAGGAGAUCACGCUGGACGACGUGAACGAGAUCAUCGACAGAGACAUCGGCGGCCUGAGCAGCGGCGUCCAGCCUGAACAGUACGACUGGGAGCCAACGUCCGGCGCCGCCGCCUUACCGUUCUGUGGAGAUGCUCCGUAGCUCCGCCGCUUCCUCAGGAACGCCGUUCUUCUUCUGCUGUUUGCACAAAGUGCUUCAAACUGAUCUUCAAGUGCCUGAAAACGUCAGAUGACCGUUUCCUCGUCUGUCUCAGGAAUUUUAGAGAAACCGACUCGUACCUCACAGACAAACCAAAGAUUUAACUUUUCACGAGCGAAUCGCAGGAAGAAUAAAGGGCUGAAAUUUGACUCUUAUAAUUCUAAUGAUUGGGAAUGUCACAGGUUAAAUAAGGAAAUUCUAUUUAUUGGCCAGGAAAUUAAAAAUCAUCUAUUUUCAUACUCUGGAUGUGAUCCAGAAAACCUGAAAUCCUUCAGCUGAUUUACAUUUUUAUAGCUUUGUUUUACACGUUUACAUUUCCUUCACCCAGUUUGAUAUUCAUGCUUUCCGACCUGAACUGUUGUGGUGUGACGCGACAUUUAGAAAUAUGUUAAAGGUUGAAGUAAAAACUAAAGGAAAA